AUUAAACAAGAUGUGGGGACAGUUCUUUGUGACUCAAGUUUUAAUCAUUCUAUUUGCAUACCCUUAUCAGUCAUCAUCAUCUACAAAUCUACCGUCAUUUGUCAAACUUAUUGGUCAAAUUAAGGAAUCAAAGAAGAAUUCCGCUUACUGCUCAUCAAAUGACAUUAAAUUCUCAACCAAGUACAAGAAGACAUUCCAGCUCGUCGAACUUCAGUCUUGCGAUAAUUCAUUGGACGUGAUUACAACAAAAUUACCAAAAAUCCUAAAUGACUCACCAAAUUGCUUUAUUGUUGUUAUAAGAAGCAACGUGACUGAUAAGAACUUUGAGACGAGACUUGUAGACAUUUUGGAAGAAGAAGCAACUCGGCCGAUUAUUGUAGAUUUUUAUAGGAAAACUGAGAGAACUGAGAAGCUUUACGUCAUCGACAAGAGUAAGACGAGAACAAAGACUAAUAACUCACUAGAAUAUGCAAAGAAUUUCAUCAAUAAAGUCAUUGGAUAUGACUAUAAUGUUGGUUCAACUGAGUUCUCUGAAGGUCGCUCUGAUAUUAUUAAGGAUGCGAUGACUAAUGGCUGUUCAUUGUGCAUUAGUUUCGCACAGCUUAUUGACUAUAGAUUUACGUGGUACUUAAAGAUUCAUGACGAUGAAAUUGAUGCCUUAAACUGUGAUACUGACUGCUUUAGAGCAUUACUGAAAUUUCCAUACGACUUCAAUUUUAACAGUUCCUAUAAAGAUGUUUAUGAGCUAUUUUACAGCUACUACAUUGAUCUAUUAAGAGACACAUCGAUGUCAGCCACGUCAAUCAAUAAGAAAAAUUAUACAGUAAAGGAUUUUCUUGAAGAAACUGAAGUUCGAUUGGAUAUGGAUGGACUAGCUGGAUUAGCUUGGAAUGAAGAAGAAUAUCAAGUUUUUGAGUUUCUAAUCCGUGCUGAUCUUCCAUUUCCUGACAAAUUCAUCCACGACCGUGAAAAUGAAUUAAGUUAUGGAAUAAGCAAGAACAAGUAUGUCAAAAGUUUAGAGAAUUACAUCCAAGAACUUGAAAGCUUUCAUCGUCAUAUCCAAAAAGGAAAUUUCAGGAAAGUCAAAAUAUUCUUAAGCAGCAAUCCACACCUUGUGUUCGGCAGAAACAUUGAUAACAAAAGUGCCUUAAAAGCUGCCUUCGAUAGCAAUCAAAUGGAAGUCUUUUCAUACUUAAAAUCUCAAGGAAUGAGCUUUAGUAACUUUAAGGAAGUUGGAGAAUACUCAAAAGUUAAAAAUAAGUACAAAGACAACAAGAGGAAGCAACUCCGUCAAUUUAACAGGAAGUUUUUAACUCCAGCAAUUGAAACUGAAUUAAUCACAAAAGUCAUGCAAAAGUCAUCAUUUACAUACGAUCAUCAUGUCCAUGACGAGAAGGAAAUUAAGUACACAAUAAGACGUUCUUAUGAAAAGAUUCAAUCAACGGCACGAGAGAUUUUGGAGAUUGUGGCAGCUUCAAAUGAGCUGCAAAUUAAUUUUGACUUUACAAAUUCAGAUCUCGUUGAGUUUGAUCCAUACAUUAAUGAUGCUUAUGGUGCUGCUUAUAAUUAUUAUGAUUUUGUUAUCAUUGCUGCUAAAGAUUUGCUUAGUAAGGAUGUGGAUAAGAAGAAUUAUGCAUUAGGGACAAUAUCCCAUGAGUUGAUGCACUACACGAUGCAUCAGAUCUACCAGAACAACAUUAAUCCAUACGAUAAUAAAGACUACGAACGGAGGAAAAUCAUAAGAGACAUUUACAGAAAGUAUGAAGACAUAAAAGAUGAAGACAAUCUAAUUAGCACUGCUUAUAAAGAAGAAGAAAAUGAAAGUAAUUAUGGCGAGCUUAUAGCUAGAGUUCCUGACAUCUUAUUCACUUACAGAGACAACAAGACACGACUAGAAGAAGUAAAAAGAACAUUCAAAGAUCUUUUCAAGUUUUACGACCAAUAUGUUCUAGCUGACAUGCGAGAAUUUAUUCCGACAAUGCACAUACGUGAAAAGGUUAGAGAACUCAACAGCUGGCUUGAUCUCGUCGCGGAUAUUGAAAGCUAUGAGGUGGAAAAUACAAAGGAAGAAGAAACAGAAACAGACGACGACGAGAAUGCUGACGAGGACGAUGAAAAUAAAAUCGAUAGCAAAAAGGAUGAAAAAGUGGAAAGCGAAGAGAAUGAAGAGGAAGAGGAACUGCCAGAAAUAAGUGAGAUUCAAGAAUAUCUCGAUGAAGACAGUCAACAGCGAUUAAAAGUUUUUACAUCCGAAAAUCCAAAAUUAAUACUCCAGAAACUUUAUUACAAGCUCCGAAAGUCCAAAACAAUCGCGAUUUAUGUCGCAAGCUCAUUUGCUUAUUAUGGUAAUUUCGAGCAAGUCAUGUAUAAAAUUGACACUAUUCAUCCAAGCGUUCCACUGAUUAUUAAUUGUGAUCGUGUUAAAAAGUUAAAGAAAUUUGUUCAAAUGCUUCAGAAGACGACAUUUAGGAAGGUUGUGGCGAUUGCUGAUAAUGAUGAGUUUAGUAAGAAUGUGAGGAAUAAGGAGCUUAAGGAGUGGAUGAGGGAGUCACAGUUUUGAGAGAUAGGAGUGGAUAUUGAGUACAGUCUACUGUAAAUAAUCAUAUUGUAAGUUAAGUUUUGAAAUAAAAG